UUCAUAAAAUACUAUUUUUUAACCGAAGCCAGCAACCGCCGAACUUUUUUUUUUAAUAUAUUAUUUUUAUUGGUCAAGACGGCAUGUCAGUUAUGGUUCUGUGUUCCUGAUUGGAGGACUCGGCCAUCACUCCACAGCAGAGGGGGGCGUUAGCCACGCCCCCUGGUUGCGUAGCAGCGGGGCUCAGAGCCCGGAUCUCCCGUAUAGUGCGUGACGGGAGCGCCGUGGAGGGGUCGGCUCUUUAAAUUGGGGAUUUAAAAGCAGCCGGACCCGGGACUCGUGGAAAACCGUACGGAUCAGGAAGUUGUUCCUUCCAUGAAAAUAUUCCUCUCUCAAUGCCUUGAUGCUCAGGAAUGUGGUGAUUGCAGAUCUACUCCUCCAGCCCGGUUGCUGUGAAGCCAGUGAUCCGCCCUCUCCAGUGUGAAGAGAGUGAACGUCAGGAGGUUUAAAUGUGAUUCUCUAGCGACCCGCAGGGUUUCCAGUGACUGGGAGGAUGAGAAGGGCUUCAUUCUGAGGGUCUGCGCUUCCUGUAAUGCGAGAUGGGCUACGAUGUCACUCGCUUCCAGGGGGAAGUGGACGAGGACCUCUUGUGUCCGAUCUGCAGUGGGGUCCUGGAGGAGCCGGUCCAGGCUCCUCACUGUGAACAUGCUUUCUGCAACGCCUGCAUCACGCAGUGGUUCUCGCAGCAGCAGAUCUGCCCCGUGGACCGUACCGUGGUCACGCUCGCCCACCUGCGCCCCGUCCCCAGGAUCAUGCGCAACAUGCUGUCCAAGCUGCAGAUAACCUGCGAGAACUCAGUGUUCGGCUGCAAGGCUGUGCUGCGGCUCGACCAGCUGCAGUCGCACCUCAAGGACUGCGAGCACAACCCCAAGAGACCGGUCCUGUGCGAGGAGGGCUGCGGGCUGGAGAUGCCCAAAGACGAGUUACUGAACCACAACUGCAUCAAGCACCUCCGGACCGUGGUGCAGCAGCAGUCCACCAAGAUAGGGGAGCUGGAGAGGACCGCCGCGGAGCACAAACACCAGCUAGCAGAGCAGAAACGGGAUAUUCAGUUGUUAAAAGCGUACAUGAGGGCGAUCCGCAGCGCCAACCCCAACCUCCAGAACCUCGAGGAGACCAUCGAGUACAACGAGAUUCUAGAGUGGGUGAACUCCCUGCAGCCGGCUCGCGUGACGCGCUGGGGAGGGAUGAUCUCCACGCCGGACGCGGUCCUCCAGGCCGUGAUCAAGCGCUCGCUCAUCGACAGCGGCUGCCCCAUGUCCAUCGUGAACGACCUCAUCGAGAACGCGCACGAGCGCAACUGGCCGCACGGCCUGGCCACGCUGGAGACGCGGCAGAUGAACAGACGCUACUACGAGAACUACGUGGCCAAGCGCAUCCCCGGCAAGCAGGCGGUGGUGGUGAUGGCCUGCGAGAACCAGCACAUGGGCGAGGACAUGAUCCUGGAGCCCGGCCUGGUCAUGAUAUUCGCACACGGGGUCGAGGAGAUCUUGUAGUGGAGAACGCGGGGGCGGGGCGGGAGAGAGAGGGAGAGAGACGCUGGGCUGGUGCUCAUCUUCACACACGCAUACCUGCAGGCAUACAGAGAUCCUGGAAUCGGAGACAGGGGGGGAGUGUGUUUCAAAAAGGAGCGAGAAGAACCACCAGCGAGUCGAGAAGAUUGAAAGAGUUUCAGGGAUAUUUGAAUUGAAAAGCAAGACCUGAAAGGAAUCAGUAAGUUCUUGUGUACCUUCUUCCUCCCUUUUGCUUAAUAAACGAACGCAGCAGUUGGUAAAAGGACUUUAAGCAACAGGAUCACCUCACAGCAUCUUGCUUCAUUUAUUUAUUUAUUUUUUUAUAUUUUAUACAAAUGUGACCAAACUUCCUGCCGCCUUUCCUUCCUUCCAACGGUAUCAGAUACUAUCCAGUUUUUUUUUUUUUUUUUU